CGAGACAUUAACCUGCAUCCCCACGAACUGUUCGCCCCGAUGACCACAUCAGAUAGCUCCUUUAAUCAUUGACGACAGCCCUUCGAAAAUCUGUGCUACGACCUCUCCCCACGCCCAGCGAAAAACAACCUCCCCGAACCUGCUCGGCGACCAGAGUCCGAAGAUGCCUCCAGUGUCGAUUCAAGACCGGACUGGAGAGUUCCGGGCAAUCCUGACCGAUGUCAAUAAACGGCAGCUGAACGCAAAGUCGCGCUUGCAGCGGCAGACUUUUAGCAGCGCACCGCAGGACUCUUCCGUAAAUGGCACAUUACGGCAACGGAGCGCUUUUGCGCAGCAGGCUGCUGGGAUCGGCAAGGGCAUUUCGAAUACGAUGGCGAAGCUAGAGCGACUGGCACAGCUGGCGAAAAAGAAGACACUGUUUGACGACCGGCCGGUGGAAGUCGAGGAACUCACCUUUGUCAUCAAACAAGACCUCUCUGCGCUCACACAAUCCCUCGCUCAGCUCAGAGAACUCUCCCGAAAAGAGCACCCGAAGGCGUGGGUUAAGGGACCGCAUGCGCCCGUAGAUCAGGAGGGAGAACAUGGAAAGAACGUGGUUGUCAUGCUUAGUGGCCAUCUCGAAGGCAUGACAGACAGCUUGAAGGGAGUGUUGCGGACCAGGAUGGACAACAUGCUUUCAUCCAAGGCCAGGACCGAACGCUUCGUCUCGAACGUAUCUCAGUACUCGCAAAACCUAUUAGACCCCUCUCGGAGCGACUCUCCUCUGUACAACAACUCGGCCCAACGAACUGCUGCGCAGCAAGAUACUUUGUCGCUCGAGCCGGCCUCGUCUGAAACCCAACUUCUUCUGAUGGAGGAAGCCCAAACCCACAACCCAUACAUCCAGCAACGGGGUGAGGCGAUCGAGAUGAUCGAGCGGACCAUGAACGAGCUGGGAGGCAUGUUUUCCCAACUGGCUCAAAUGGUCCACGAGCAAGGCGAGCAAAUCAGCCGGAUCGAUGACAAUGUCGAGGCCGUGACCGACAAUGUUGAAGGAGCUCAGAGGGAGCUGCUUCGGUAUUGGAAUCGGAUGUCUGGAAAUCGGACAUUAAUCGCGAAGAUGUUUGGAGUCUUGAUGAUAUUUUUCCUAGUAUGGGUACUAGUGGCGGGAUAGAGCCAUUGGGGUGGCAUCAUCAUUAUGUAUCAUAUGUUCAGCCUGGCGUUGAUUACUUUCUUCUGUUCCCCCUUUUGAUGACAAUCCCUUAUAGAGUCACUGAAGAUUGCCAGGACAGCAGGUUGCUGGCUGAACCACGAGUUCAAAGCUUAGAGCAUUAUAAUAGCCCAGGGAAGUUCCCUAGUCAGUCAAAGAAGACCAUUUCAUUGCGUCUGCAUUAUUUGAGGGAAAGGAUAUCCUCUCUACACUGUUUUGUUUGGGGACUAGGUACCUAUAGAAUAAUUCACCGAGGCCACUUGGGGGAGAGCAUCAAUGGCCGUGUAGUACUGAAAAUACACCCAUGGUGAACAACUUGACCAGUCAAC